UUUCCCAGCCUAACCAACUUGAACAAGAAGAAGAGCAAUCUUACAGUUUUUACUCGGAGAAUUUACGUAUAUCACUCGGUGUUGAAAGCAAAAAUGGCGUCCCACAGACAGACAUACAGAGCUGGUGAAGCCAAGGGCCAAGCUCAGGAAAAGACGAACCAGGUGAUGUACACAAUUGGGCAGAAGGGCCAGGAAGUGAAGGACAAUACCCACGAGACGGCCCAGGCAGCCAAGGGGGUGCAACUAAAACAACUAGAGACAAGGGUCAAGAGAAGGGAGAAGUUACAAAGGCAAAGGUACGGCAGAGCAAGGAGGUGACCAAGGAGAAGGCCUCAGAGGUGGGCCAAAAGGCCUAAGACACUGCUGGGGCCGCCAAGGAGAAGUCGGAGGGGUUCCUUCAGCAGACAGGAGAGAAAGCGAAGAACAUGGCACAGACUACUGCCAAGGCUGUGAAGAAUACGUUUGGCAUGGCAAAGGACGACGAGGAAGAAGACCGUGUUUACUAUAGGAAGGAGAGGGACUAAUGAUA